AUGUUUAACCCACACCUAUUAGAGUCUCCAGCUGUUAUUUUCGACAAUGGAUCUGGGCUCUGCAAAGCAGGGCUGUCGGGGGAGAUCGGGCCCCGCCACGUCAUCAGCUCCAUCGUGGGGCACCCCAAAUUCAAGACGCCCAAUCCGGGAGCCAAUCAGAAGAAGUACUUUGUAGGGGAGGAAGCCCUGUGCAAGCACGAGACCCUGAACCUGCGCUCUCCCAUCGAGCGGGGCCUGGUCACGGGCUGGGACGACAUGGAGAAGCUCUGGAGGCACCUCUUCGAGUGGGAGCUGGGUGUGAAGCCCAGUGACCAGCCCGUGCUCUUGACGGAGCCCUCCCUGAACCCCAGGGAGAAUCGGGAGAAGAUGGCCGAGGUGAUGUUCGAGAGCUUCAGCGUGCCCGCCUUCUACCUGUCCGACCAGGCUGUGUUGGCGCUCUACGCCUCGGCCUGCGUCACGGGCCUCGUGGUGGACAGCGGGGAUGGGGUCACCUGCACCGUGCCCAUCUUUGAGGGCUACUCCCUGCCCCACGCGGUCACCAAGCUCUACGUAGCCGGCAGGGACGUCACGGAGCUCCUCACCCGGCUCCUCCUGGCCAGCGGGCGCACCUUCCCGUGCCUGCUCGACAAGGCCCUGGUGGGCGACAUCAAGGAGAAGCUGUGCUACGUGGCCCUGGACCCUGAGAAGGAGCUCUGCCGGCGGCCCGAGGAGGUCCUGAGAGAGUACAAGCUGCCCGACGGCAAUGUCAUCUACAUCGGGGACCAGCUGUACCAGGCACCUGAGGCCUUGUUCUCCCCCGAGCAACUGGGCACCCAAAACCCGGGGCUGGCGAAGAUGGCAUCCAGCAGCAUCGCCAAGUGUGACGGGGACAUCCAGAAGACGCUCUUUGGGGAGAUCGUGCUGUCGGGGGGCACCACGCUCUUCCGGGGGCUGGACGACCGGCUUCUGCGGGAGCUGGAACACCUGGCCCCCCAAGGCACCCCCAUCAAGAUCACGGCUCCCCCCGACCGCUGGUUCUCCACCUGGAUCGGCGCCUCCAUCGUCACUUCCCUGAGCAGCUUCAAGCAGAUGUGGGUCACCUCCGCCGACUUCAAGGAGUUUGGGACACCCGUGGUCCAGAGAAGAUGCUUCUGA